AUGAGACGACUGAAGUUCUUUUUGCCAUAUUGUGUCAUAACUUUGGGGAGUUCGUUUCCUUUUGGAUAUCACACUGGGGUGAUAAAUGCACCUGCUGAUCUGAUUAAAAGCUUCAUAAAUACUACUCUAGCUGCUAGGUCAGUCACAUGUGAUGAACGUUUCAUCGACUUGUUGUGGUCACUCUGUGUUACCGUAACUGCUCGUGAUUAUCUGUCUCUCACUUUCUUGAGACAUUUCCUGUUAUUUAAUUUAGGUAUUUUUCUGUCUUUGUUACCGAAUUAUUAUCGAGUACAUUUUAUGCUACUUUUAUGUGAUUUCAGUAGCAUAUCUUGCCAUAAUAUACUUGUAGUGAUUAGUGUGCCGAAUAUUGCGUUUGAAAAUCAAGUUGUUCGUCUUUUAAAUAAAUUGUACCAUGUCCUUUCUACAACCUGA